AUGGCGGUGCAUCGCUCUACCACCCUUCCAGAAGGCAUGAUUCCGGUUCGGAUAUCCUCGCUGUCCAAAGGCGUUACCCAAUCUCCUUCACGACCCAUGGACACCACCUUUGUUACGUGGCCAGCCCCAGACGGAUGGUACGCUCCACCCCGAGGUCCGUUGAAUGAUGAGGAGGAGCCCUUCCCAAGUUUUCAAGACCCAUCCAAAUCUCUCAUAAUUGAACGAACCCUGCUCUUGGACUCGCUCUAUUUCCGUCUAACGGCACUUUCACGUCACGCGAGAGAUUAUGAGCGGUCAAGGUUCGAAGCUCUCUUGUCCCGUGUCGCUGAGUCUGGCCACCUCAGACAUGACGAAGACCUGUCGCGCACUAGGUUAUCUAUCCCAGAAGUCCUCGCCUCCGGUGAGAGCUACCGCGCUCAAAGGGGACUUGGCAACAAAGGCAAGUUACCUGCGAACAGGAGACUGAAGACUAACCAUCGCUCGAGCAGCAUUGAACCGCAGCCGAAAGAUGUCUUGAAGGAGAAGAUGAAACAGCGCUACGCCAAAGGAGUCCGUCAAGCCUUGGUGUAUGAAAAGAAAUUUGGCAUGGGAUUUCUCAACCAGCCGGUUGAUGCAGGUGAGCGAGAGCGAGGCCGGACUAUGAAGCGUACCCAUCCUGGCGCGUUCAACCGUGUGAAGGUGACCACUGCACUUACGAUGCUCCGUCAGACUUUCCCACAUCGGUACAAGGCUAAUCCUCUCGAACAGACGAACAAGGAUGAGACAUCAGAGCAGAGGAAGCAAAGUAAGAAGGCCACUCCGGAAAAGGAAAGUCAACGAGAGCUUUCUUCAGAUAAGCGAGCUUCUUCCAGUGCCAAUGAUACUGAGAAACCCUCUGGAUCUCCCAAGUCUACAGAUUCCUUUGUGUCGGCCAAGAAGAAGGCUUCCACUGUUUUCCGAGGUCUGGUGUGCAAGGUUGGCUUUGGACGAUUCCCCAAUGAGAAAAGCACGACGCAGGUCCUCUCGCCAGGCAACGCACACAACAACGAACUUGACACCACUGGCGCUUGCUUGCUUGACGUCGACAGUUUCCCCAUUGUUCUGAAGGUGAACGACAUGGGUAGAAGACAGAGCGAACCGUCUGAACCAAUUGGACCAGGAUCUGCUUCGUCCAGGAAGAGGAGGAACAGCGCGGCUAAGGAGUUCGCAAUACAGGCAGGAAUCGUCGUCGCAAAAGAAAGUGGCGCUUCCAGCGAGCGGGCACAUCCGAGUGCACUAACUUGGACCGAAACAGUGACUGUCCAAAGAUCUAUUACGAAGCACUCAUUUAGGGGAGUCACUGGCAGCACCAGUGUAGCUCGUGCGACCACAGCCCGAAUGUUCCGACCAGUCUCACCUCCACGGAUGAUCCAAAUCAAGGUUAGAAACAACAUACACAACCACAAGCGGCCGCAAAAAUCUGCGAUGCCCAAGGCGGAGUACCCCAGGUUCUUGGGCGUGUGCUACACGGCAUCAAGAGAUACAGAAGUCCUCAGGAUGGCCUUCUUCAUAUCAAUCAGCGCCUUGAUGCUGUCGCAGGGUACCCUUCUUGCGGCCCAAUCUGUCCAAAAUCUGGGCGUUUCGUGCAUUGCCAGCUCCCAAGAAUGCGGUCCACGAGGAGGUAUCGGGGACGGGGCCCAUCCUGUGUUAAUUCCUCAAUCUUUUAUCACCGACGCUCUGAUAUCUACAGCUCCAAACACCACUCGUCAAUUGGCACCCGGUCCGCCACCUGUUCGACUGUCAGCAUACCCGAGCAGCUCAUCAUCGUGCCCACCAAGACGCAAUAUUAUGGUUGACUCUGCCAAUGGGGCGCAACAGGAGAUGGUCGGGUUUGGACACGCCUGGACCGACAGCGCCGUCAGUGUGUUCAAUACGCUGGAUAACGCUACCCUUGCUCGUGUCCUGGAAGAUCUUUUUGGGCAAAGUGGCAACAACAUGGGCUUUAUGCGGCAUACCAUUGGUUCUUCUGACCUGUCUGGCGAGCAAUAUACCUACGACGACAAUGGCUCCAGCUUCAACGAAGGAGAACCUGACCUCGACUUGUCCAAUUUCAGCUUGGGGCCGCAUGGCACUGGACAGGCCAAAUUCAUUGCCGAAAUGGGCACAGUCAAGGGAGAUGUCUUCCUCUUUGGGUCGCCAUGGUCAUAUCCCGGGUGGACGAAGUACAAUGAUCUAUUCAUUGCGCCAAAUCUCAACGUGGAUGGCGGCGGGAGCUACAACAUCCUCAACAACAGCUUCAAUCCUGUGUACAUUCCUCAAAUGGUAGCGUACUUUUCCAAGUAUGUCGAUGCAUUUCGCGACAUGGGAGUUCAAGUCAACGGGAUCACGCCGAUGAACGAGCCUCUGAACUAUCAAGGUGGCUAUCCUUGCAUGUUUCUCGACCCCGUGGAUGCAGCAAGUUUGAUUGCCCAGGGACUUGGGCAGGCAAUGCACGACCGCGGUGUUAUCAUCAUGGCAUACGACCACAAUACCGAUCAGCCCGUCUAUCCUGCCCGCGUCAUUCAAGGCACGGGCGGUGAGGGCUCUCUUACGGAUGCAGCGGCCUGGCAUUGCUAUGCUGGUCCUGUUGCAAACUACAGCGUGAUGUCGGAUUUUCACUCUGCCUUUCCCAACACCCUGCAAUUCAUGACGGAAUGCUCCAACUACCUGCCGCAAAGUGGCAGCUGGAACUUCGAAGUGGCCUCGAAUUUCAUCCCACCAGUGACGCACGGGGCUUCGGCGGCUGCGAUGUGGGUUAUGGCAACGGAUCAGGAGUAUGGACCUCACUCCCCAUAUGGCGGAUGUGCCGGCUGCCAGGGAAGUGUGAUUGUGAACUCGUCCACGCAAUACACGCUCACAAAUGACUACUACAUGGUGGGCCAAUUCUCCCGCUUUGUCCGUCGUGGCAGCGUGAACUAUCGGAUCCUGGGCAACGGAAACGAGGGCGAUGCCAGACAAGACAACCAGUUCUACACCAUGGCUGUGCGCAAUCCGGACUCGAGUUGGGCGGUCAUCAUGAUGAACAACAUCGGUAGUGACCAGGAUGUAGUGCUCGGGUUCAACAAUGGAGAGAGCGACGUAUGGCAAGGGACAGUGCCCAAUGCGACGGUGGUGACAUGGUUGCUGCCGCCUCAGGGUGUUGGAGCUGCUGCCUCUGCUCCUGCUGGUCCCUAUACCAAUGGGACGGCAUCUGCCACUGAAGCAGUGUGCCCGACGGUGAGCGCUUCGUCAAGCUCCAGCUCCUCCAGCAGCAGCACGAGCACCCUCGAACUGGUACCGAACACGACACAUACGAUUGACUCGGCUUCUCCCACCAGCAGCCAUAGCACCAACGACACUAAUGACGGGGAAUGA